AUGGCUACCCCCAGUGUCCUUACCUUUGAUGCUGAGGGUCGUGCUGCUGACUUUGAGGUCUGGGUCGAUGAACUCCAGCUCUUCCUACAGUGCGAUAAGGCAAACGGACUCUCUCUGUUUGAUCUCACCUCUGGUGCCUCUCCUGCCCCGCCUGCUACUGUUGACAACACUUUUCGCUCACAGUGGGCCACACGCGAUGCUGCUGCCCGUCUUGCUGUGCGUCGCCACUUACCGACCGCUGAGCGUGCGCACUUUAGUCAGUACAAGAGUGCUAAGACCUUGUACGACGCUGUAGUUGCACGCUACUCUUCCCCUGCCACUGCUGCUCUUAGCCGCCUCAUGCUACCGUACCUCUUCCCUGACCUUGCUGCCUUUCCCACCGUCGCUGACCUCAUUACGCACCUUCGCACUAGUGACACUCGCUACCGCGCUGCGCUUCCUGCUGAGUUAUGUGCCAAGAACCCUCCCCCCAUGUACAUCACCCUCUACUACAUAGUCACCCGACUCCCUGACUCCCUUCGCUUCGUCAUGGACCUAUUCCUCUCAGUUUGCCCCACCACACUCACCAUUGACCUCCUCGAGGAGCGCCUCCUGGCAGCAGAGAAGAGCAUAGUCGCUGUAGGAGCCUCUCGUGGUGACCCUCGUACCCCCGUCUUUGAGGGGUGUUCCCCCUCUCCCCUCUUGCCCUCUGUUGCUUCUGCUGCUGCGGCCGACCUCGUUGGUUUCGAGUCGGUCAAUGCUGCGUCUGCCCCUAGCGGGAGACGCCGCACAGGCAAGGGCAAGGAAAGCAAGGGCGCUGGAGGGGCUGGCGGGGGUGGUGGAGGUGGCAGUGGAGGCAGUGGAGGGGGUGGGGGUGGUGGUGGGAGUGGUGGCGAGGAUGGAGGUGUCGGUGGCAGCAGUGGAGGCGGAGGAGGCGGCGGCGGUGGCGGUGGGAGCGGAGGCGGCGGAGGUGGCGGAGGUGGCGGCGGCGGCGGCGGCGUUGGAGCUGGUCGCGGCUGUGCGCAGAGGAGUGGCUCCUGUGGUAGUCAGCGCCAGCAGCAGCAGCGCACUCGAGAGACCCCGUCCCCCCAGCAGCUUGGUGAGUGGUACGCUGGGCGUCAGCGAGGUGGGGGUACUGGUCCCUGUACCUACGUCCUACGUACUGGCGACCGCGCUGGUGAGCAGUGCGGGGGCACGCACUCUACCCAGCGCUGCUUCGGCUGCCUGACGGACGCUUGGCGUCACCAUUUUCCUGACGCCACUGAGAUCCCUCGCUGGGGAGAGCUGUCUAGGGCGGGGGUUGCAAUCUUUGAUCUUGACUAUGAUGCUAUUCUUGCUGCCAUGUAUGCUGUGUCUACUAGUGAUGAGGGUGACUGUUACCUGUGUGUUCCGCCUGACCCGGGUAGUGAGGCUGCUGCUCUAACUACUGGGUCAUGA